CGUGUAGUAAAAAAAACUGUACUGUUGUGUGCACUUAUAACCAUUUCAAAUGUUCAUCGAGAAAUUAUUGUUUACUAGAUGAAUAGAUGAUAAUCAAUAGACAUUACGAAGAACUGAAACAGUUAAAUAAUUCGAAGAUGAAUGCACAGGAAGACUCAUCUGAUAGUCCAAAUAUGACAUCUCUACCUCAACACGAUUGCCAAAUUUGUGGUAAACAAUUCGCACAGAAAGUACAUCUCGCUCAACACAUCUUGUUACAUGAAAACAAGCGAUCAUUCAGUUGCGACAUUUGUGGGCGGGAGUUUUCAUUCAGAAGCAACCUGUUCAAACAUAGAAUCACCCAUAGUUCUAGCGAACCGAACUGUUCCGGUGAAAGAUUGCAUAAAUGCACUGUAUGCGGAAAAGACUACACCACUAAGCAAAACCUAAACAGUCACAUGUCCACCCACACAGGUGAUUACAGACAUAAGUGUGGUGUAUGCGGCAAAGGAUUCAAGGUCAAGGAACUUCUGAAAAACCACGAAUAUAGUCACACUGGCGAGAGCCCUUAUCAAUGCAAUGUAUGCGGAAAAGUUUUUGUCACUAAACAAGGUUUGGGUGAACACACUAGCAAUCAUUUGGGCGAGUAUAAACAUAAAUGUGAAGUAUGUGGGAAAGGCUUUCAACGAAAAUCAAGUCUUAAGGUACAUGCAAACGUGCACACAGGCAAGCAACAGUGUCAAUGCAGUGAAUGUGGAAAAUAUUUUGCCAGUAGAAGUUAUCUCGAUACACACAUGAAUAGACAUUCGAACAAGUACAACUACAAGUGUGAUGUGUGUGGCAAAAAUUUUACAGUCCUUUAUAACUUAAAGCAGCAUAAACGCCUUCAUACUGGUGAGCGACCCUUCAAAUGCACUGUAUGUGGAAAAGAUUUUGCCAGUUACCCAAACCUGUACAGCCACACAUCUAUCCAUACAGACUCCAAGCAUAAAUGCGAUGUUUGCGGCAAAGAAUUUCGGGACCGACCAUACUUGCAAGACCACCGAAACAGUCAUACAGGCGAGCGACCCUACAAAUGUACUCUAUGUGGAAAAGAUUUUCUUUUCAAACGUACUUUUUUAAAUCACAUGAAAAGGCAUUUAGGCAGUUUUGCAUAUAAGUGUGAUGUGUGUGGCAAAGGUUUUGUUGAACGUUCCAGCUUGAGGGAGCAUGAACGAACUCAUACUGGUGAACGACCCUUCAAAUGUACCGUGUGUGGAAAAGGUUAUACCAUGAAGCCCAGCCUCAAGAAGCACAUGUCUGUUCACAAGAGUGAUGAAGUGACAAAAACGAUAACCGAAACAUGCACAUGAACUAGAGGAAAAAAAUGUAUUUUUUGAAUUGAAUAAAAUCAAAUACUAUAGCGGCCUUUAUACGAUAAUUAAAAGUGUCUUUACUGAAAAGUAAUGUCAUUUUUAUAUAACGUGUAAGGGCAGUAAUGAUGAAUUCACGGUUAAUUUUUCAAAAGGGCGUAUAAGUAAGUGACAGUUUCUCUUUGUUUAGUUUCUGUUCUAUUAAUUACCGAGCGGUUUCCACGUUUAUCACUCAACUCUUUGCAUGAAAUGAUACCCGAAACAUUCGACUUUCAAACAGAAUAGUAAUAUCAAAGUAAAUCUUCUUAAUCAUAUCACAAUAAUCGAAAGAGAGAGAUUAAAGAGAAACUGUCACUUGCUUAUACGCCCUAAUGAAAAAUCAACCAAGAAUUCUCCGUACAAAUUUGAAAUGUCUUUACUUAAAAAUGAUAAAAAUAAUUCUCGUGUAAGGGCCGCUUAUUAUAAUCGAUUUGAUUGUGAUUUUAUUGUCGAAAACUAUGAAUGACAUCACCAGGGAGAAUUCUUUUAUUAGCAUUUAAUUCUGUUAUAAGCAAGGUUAUAAAUAUAUCACGCAGAAAUGCCAGAUCUGCAGAUUUGUCUGUAAAUCUGCAGAUUUCGUACAUAGUGCUGCAGACUUUUGAAAAUCGAGUAUAACCUGAAAACUCGGAUUCUUAAAAGUCUCAAUCUUAGUAAUACGAAGAACUAUAAAG